UUGCCGGCGUGACUUCGAACGCUUCAAGUUGUGGGGUUGGUUGCAGAGCAGACCCGGAGCCACCGGACCUUUACACCGGUUCUGCGCUUGCCUCGAUGAGGUUGCUGGGAGCUGUCGCCUCAGCUCUGGGGCGUGGACCUCUCCCGCGGGUCCCCGCCACCCUGGGAUGGCAGGGGAAGCAGGUUAAUUGGAAAGUCUGCCGAUGGUGUUCAUCAGGGGUGAUUCCUAAUGAAAAGAUACGAAAUAUUGGAAUCUCAGCCCACAUUGAUUCUGGGAAAACUACAUUGACAGAACGAGUGCUUUACUACACUGGCAGAAUUGCAAAGAUGCAUGAGGUGAAAGGUAAAGAUGGAGUCGGUGCUGUCAUGGAUUCUAUGGAACUAGAGAGACAAAGAGGAAUCACUAUUCAGUCAGCAGCCACCUACACCAUGUGGAAGGAUGUCAAUAUCAAUAUUAUAGAUACUCCUGGACACGUGGACUUCACAAUAGAAGUUGAAAGGGCCCUGAGAGUGUUGGAUGGUGCAGUCCUUGUUCUCUGUGCUGUCGGAGGGGUGCAGUGCCAGACCAUGACUGUUAAUCGUCAGAUGAAGCGCUACAACGUUCCAUUUCUAACUUUCAUUAACAAAUUGGACCGAAUGGGCUCCAACCCAGCCAGGGCCCUGCAGCAAAUGAGGUCUAAAUUGAGUCAUAAUGCAGCAUUUGUGCAGAUACCCAUUGGUUUGGAGGGUGAUUUUAAAGGUAUAAUAGAUCUUAUUGAGGAACGAGCCAUUUACUUUGAUGGAGACUUUGGUCAAGUUGUUCGAUAUGAGGAAAUUCCUGCAGAAUUCAGGGCAGCAGCAGCUGACCAGCGGCAGGAACUGAUUGAAUGUGUUGCCAAUUCAGAUGAACAGCUUGGAGAGAUGUUCCUGGAAGAAAAAAUCCCCUCAGUUUCUGAUUUAAAGCAUGCAAUCCGAAGAGCUACUCUAAAUAGAUCAUUUACUCCUGUCUUUGUGGGAAGUGCGUUGAAGAACAAGGGAGUUCAGCCUCUUCUAGAUGCUGUUUUAGAAUACCUCCCAAAUCCAUCUGAAGUCCAAAAUUAUGCUAUUCUCAAUCAGGAAAAUGACUCAAAAGAGAAAAACAAAAUCUUAAUGAACCCCGAAAGAAACAGUUCCCACCCGUUUGUAGGCCUGGCUUUUAAACUGGAGGCUGGGCGAUUUGGACAGUUAACAUAUGUCCGCAAUUAUCAAGGAGAGCUGAAGAAGGGUGACACCAUCUACAACACGCGGACGGGAAAGAAAGUGCGGGUGCAGAGGCUGGUUCGCAUGCAUGCCGACAUGAUGGAGGAUGUUGAGGAAGUGUAUGCUGGAGACAUCUGUGCAUUAUUUGGCAUUGACUGUGCUAGCGGAGACACAUUCACAAACAAAAAUAAUAGUGACCUUUCUAUGGAGUCAAUUCAUGUUCCUGAUCCUGUCAUUUCAAUAGCAAUGAAGCCUUCUAACAAGAAUGAUCUGGAAAAAUUUUCAAAAGGUAUUGGCAGGUUUACAAGAGAAGACCCUACAUUUAAAGUCCACUUCGACACUGAGAGCAAAGAGACAAUUGUAUCUGGAAUGGGGGAAUUACACCUGGAAAUCUAUGCUCAGAGGAUGGAAAGAGAAUAUGGCUGUCCUUGUGUCACAGGAAAGCCAAAGGUUGCUUUCAGGGAGACCAUCACUGCCCCCGUCCCGUUUGAAUUUACACAUAAAAAACAAUCUGGUGGUGCAGGCCAGUUUGGAAAAGUGAUUGGUGUACUGGAGCCUCUGGACCCAGAGAACUACACUAAGUUGGAAUUUUCAGAUGAAACAUUUGGGGCAAACGUUCCAAAGCAGUUUGUGCCUGCAGUAGAAAAGGGGUUUCUGGAUGCCUGUGAGAAAGGCCCCCUUUCUGGUCACAAGCUCUCUGGGCUCCGGUUUGUCCUGCAAGAUGGGGCGCAUCACAUGGUUGAUUCCAAUGAAAUCUCUUUCAUCCGCGCAGGAGAAGGAGCUCUCAAGCAAGCUUUGGCAAAUGCAACAUUAUGUAUUCUUGAACCUAUCAUGUCUGUGGAAAUCAUAGCCCCAAAUGAAUUUCAGGGACCAGUGAUUGCGGGAAUUAACCGGCGCCACGGGGUGAUCACAGGCCAAGAUGGGAUUGAGGACUAUUUCACACUAUAUGCAGAGGUCCCUCUAAAUGAUAUGUUUGGUUAUUCCACUGAACUUAGGUCGUGCACAGAGGGAAAGGGAGAAUACACAAUGGAGUACUGCAGAUACCAGCCGUGCUCGCCGGCCACACAAGAAGACCUCAUCAAUAAGUAUUUGGAAGCUACAGGUCAACUUCCUGUAAAAAAAGGAAAAGCCAAGAACUAACUUUCCUCACUUUAAGUUGACUGUAACUGAAUCUGCAAGAUUUAUAUACUUUAAUGGAUUCCUGUGGAAAGAAACAGACUGAAACAAAUUCUAGAAGCCCUUCCAAUUAUAUUCAGGAACUUGUAUUAUAUUCAAAGACAAUUCUAUGUAUAUCUUAACUCUGUUGGUGUCUGGUGGUUCAUUGAAACACCUUAAAGUAUGAUUAUUACUGAAAUAUAUUUAAUAUUUAAGGGAAGAGACUGAUUUCAGUUACACUUCUGAACUUAGAACGGUAUAUAAACUUCCUUUCUGAAUUUCUCGUCCUAAGAAUUUUCAACAUCUAGAAGAGCUGAGAAGCACAAAGUACAGGCCUGUAGCAUCCAUCUAGACUUAAUAACGAUCAACCUUGUUAACAGUUGGUUCAUCAAAUAAUUAUUUUGUCAUAUUUGCUUUAUCUAUUUGUAUCUCAUACCUUUAUAUUUAAAUUUUUUUAAAUUAUUGUUUUGGUGAACAGUAAUUUGAAAGUCGAUUGCAUGUAUCAUGACACUUCUUCGAGUGUCCUCUUUAAUGAACAUGCUUUUGUGGAAGGCAGCUGUGCUCACCACUGUACCACCAACGCACACUUGAACAAGACUUUUUUGUUUAAGAGUGGAUUUCAUAUGUUCUUAGAGAACAUUUCUCAGAUUUUUCAUGGGGAUAUUAAAAUGGCUAGUAAAUUUCUAGCUGUUUUAUAUAUAGGUGAUUGAAUUUGUGGCCUCUGCCAAUUUGCAAUUGUCUAUUUUUAUGUUAGUUUCUUGUGGACCUUUGAAAUGGAAAGCAGAUGCCUGCAUAUUUUACUCUUAUUUUAAUGUUUCCUGAAGCUCUGAAUAAUAAAAUAUAAUUUACAUAGUU